UGUCGCGUUCGGAAGCAGAUCGGAACAUUCCCCUUGGAACCCUAUUAGCACACAGGCGAAGAAUUUGCUGGUUGUGUUCAGUCGACGUCGACACGUUUCAAUUGGAUUCGAAAUUAGAUUUAUUGAAAUGCUGCCCUUUCGCUGGGGCCUGCUACUAGGCGUCGUGGUGCUCAUAGCGAGCGCCAAUGGAGCGGCUAUCGAUCAAUCGUCGCAGAACGAAGAUGAACUCUCUGGCCUGGCUGAUUUGGAGCGAUCAAAGAGAAGCGGCAGAGGCUAUGCACGAGGGCAGACGCAGUCGCAGUAUUUGAACUUUGGUAAACCCGAAGAGGACGGCAAGGCCGAAGCAGAGGCUACCGAAAGCGGCUCGCGCUCUGUAGUCUCUGGUAGUCACGGUAUGGGGCAGGCCCAGAGUCAGUUCUCUGCGGGAGAUUGCAGCGGCUGUUCCGGCUAUCAAACUGGCAGCUCACUUGAUGGAAGUGGAGGCCUUAUCGGAAGACCUGAUGCUAUCAUUAGUCUACCAGGAGCAGAUGCUGUGAGCGGACAGCCUGGUUUUGGUAGUCAACCUGGUGCUGGAAGUCAAAUUGGUGGAAUGCCUGAUAUUGGAGGAUAUCCAGCAAUCAGUGGUGGGCAACAAGGAAUCGGGCCUUUUCCCAGCGACGGGCAGGUAGGACCCGGCGGCGCAGGUUCCGGAUACGGAACCCAACCAGGAGCUGGUGGACAGACUGGUAUCAAUGGUAUCAGUAUCAGUCAACCUGGCGUUCCAGGUCAACCCGGAUACGGAACUCAGCCAGGAGCUGGUGGACAGACUGGUGUCGAUGGUGAUCAACCCGGAUUUGGCAGUCAACCUGGCGUUCCAGGUCAACCCGGAUACGGAACUCAGCCAGGAGCUGGUGGACAGACUGGUAUCGGUGGAGGACAGCCCGGAUUUGGUAGUCAACCUGGCAUUGGCAGUCAACCCGGAUACGGAACCCAGCCAGGAGCUGGUGGACAGACUGGUAUCGGUGGUGGACAGACUGGUAUCGGUGGAGGACAGCCCGGAUUUGGCAGUCAACCUGGCAUUAGCAGUCAACCCGGAUACGGAACACAACAAGGAUCUGGUGGUCAACCCAGCGUUGGAGGUCAACCCGGAUACGGAACCCAGCCAGGAGUAGGAAGUCAGACUGGUAUCGGUGGAGGACAGCCUGGAUUUAGUAGUCAACCUGGAGUUGGAGGUCAACCCGGAUACGGAACCCAGCCAGGAGCUGGUGGACAGACUGGUGUCGAUGGUGAUCAACCCGGAUUUGGCAGUCAACCUGGCGUUCCAGGUCAACCCGGAUACGGAACUCAGCCAGGAGCUGGUGGACAGACUGGUAUCGGUGGAGGACAGCCCGGAUUUGGUAGUCAACCUGGCAUUGGCAGUCAACCCGGAUACGGAACCCAGCCAGGAGCUGGUGGACAGACUGGUAUCGGUGGAGGACAGCCCGGAUUUGGCAGUCAACCUGGCAUUGGCAGUCAACCCGGAUACGGAACACAACAAGGAUCUGGUGGACAGCCCGGAUUUGGACGUCAACCUGGCUUUGUAGGCCAACCUGGAGUUGGGGGUCAACCCGGAUACGGAACUCAACCAGGCGUAGGAAGUCAGACAGGUAUCGGUGGAGGACAGCCCGGAUUUGGCAGUCAACCUGGCGUUGGAGGUCAACCCGGAUACGGAACUCAGCCAGGAGUAGGAAGUCAGACUGCUAUCGGUGGAGCACAGCCCGGCUUUGGCGGUCAACCUGGCGUUGGAGGUCAACCCGGCUACGGAACUCAGCCAGGCGUAGGAUACGGAACUCCGCAAGGAGUUGGUGGUCAACCUGGCGUUGGAGGUCAACCCGGAUACGGAUUUCAGCCAGGAGCUGGUGGUCAAUCCAGCGUUGGAGGUCAACCCGGAUACGGAACUCAGCCAGGAGUAGGAAGUCAGACUGGUAUCGGUGGAGGACAGCCCGGAUUUGACAGUCAAACUGCCGUUGGAGGUCAACCCGGAUACGGAACACAACAAGGAUCUGGUGGUCAACCCAGCGGUGGAGGUCAACCCGGAUACGGAACCCAGCCAGGAGUAGGAAGUCAGACUGGUAUCGGUGGAGCACAGCCCGGCUUUGGCGGUCAACCUGGCGUUGGAGGUCAACCCGGAUACGGAACACAACAAGGAUCUGGUGGUCAACCCAGCGGUGGAGGUCAACCCGGAUACGGAACCCAGCCAGGAGUAGGAAGUCAGACUGGUAUCGGUGGAGCACAGCCCGGCUUUGGCGGUCAACCUGGCGUUGGAGGUCAACCCGGAUACGGAACUCAGCCAGGAGCUGGUGGACAGCCCGGAUUUGGACGUCAACCUGGCGUUGUAGGCCAACCUGGAGUUGGGGGUCAACCCGGAUACGGAACUCAGCCAGGAGUAGGAAGUCAGACUGGUAUCGGUGGAGGACAGCCCGGAUUUGGUAGUCAACCUGGCGUUGGCAGUCAACCCGGAUACGGAUUUCAGCCAGGAGCUGGUGGUCAAUCCAGCGUUGGUGGUCAACCCGGAUACGGAACUCAGCCAGGAGUAGGAAGUCAGACUGGUAUCGGUGGAGGACAGCCCGGAUUUGACAGUCAAACUGCCGUUGGAGGUCAACCCGGAUACGGAACACAACAAGGAUCUGGUGGUCAACCCAGCGGUGGAGGUCAACCCGGAUACGGAACCCAGCCAGGAGUAGGAAGUCAGACUGGUAUCGGUGGAGCACAGCCCGGCUUUGGCGGUCAACCUGGCGUUGGAGGUCAACCCGGAUACGGAACUCAGCCAGGAGCUGGUGGACAGCCCGGAUUUGGACGUCAACCUGGCGUUGUAGGCCAACCUGGAGUUGGGGGUCAACCCGGAUACGGAACUCAGCCAGGAGUAGGAAGUCAGACUGGUAUCGGUGGAGCACAGCCCGGCUUUGGCGGUCAACCUGGAGUUGGAGGUCAACCCGGAUACGGAACUCAGCCAGGAGUAGGAAGUCAGACUGGUAUCGGUGGAGCACAGCCCGGCUUUGGCGGUCAACCUGGAGUUGGAAGUCAACCCGGAUACGGAACUCAGCCAGGAGCUGGUGGACAUCCCGGAUUUGGACGUCAACCUGGCGUUGUAGGCCAACCUGGAGUUGGGGGUCAACCCGGAUACGGAACUCAACCAGGCGUAGGAAGUCAGACAGGUAUCGGUGGAGGACAGCCCGUAUUUGGUAGUCAACCUGGAGUUGGAGGUCAACCCGGAUACGGAACCCAGCCAGGAGUUGGUGGACAUACAGUCAUCAGUGGUGUGCAGCCCGGAUUUGGCAGUCAACCCGGACAGGGAGUCAUCGGUGGAGACCAGUCCGGAUUUGCACGUCAACCCGGAUACGGAACUCAGCCAGGAGUAGGAAGUCAGACUGGUAUCGGUGGAGGACAGCCCGGAUUUGGCAGUCAACCUGGCGUUGGAGUUCAACCCGGCUACGGUACACAGCCAGGCGUAGGAUACGGAACUCCGCAAGGAGUUGGUGGUCAACCAGGCGUUGGAGGUCAACCCGGAUACGGAACUCAGCCAGGCGUAGGAAGUCAGACUGGUAUCGGUGGAGGACAGCCCGGAUUGGGUCGUCAACCUGGAGUUGGAAGUCAACCCGGAUACGGAACUCAGCCAGGAGCUGGUGGACAGCCCGGAUUUGGCAGUCAACCUGGCGUUGGAGGUCAACCCGGAUACGGAACUCAGCCUGGAGUAGGAAGUCAGACUGGUAUCGGAGGAGCACAGCUCGGAUUUGGCGGUCAACCUGGAGUUGGAGGUCAACCCGGAUACGGAACCCAGCCAGGAGUUGGUGGUCAACCUAGCGCUGGACGUCAACCCGGAUACGGAACUCAGCCAGGAGCUGGUGGACAGCCCGGAUUUGGCAGUCAACCUGGCGUUGGAGGUCAACCCGGAUACGGAACUCAGCUAGGAGUAGGAGGUCAGACUGGUAUCGGUGGAGCACAACCCGGAUUUGGCGGUCAACCUGGCGUUGGAGGUCAACCCGGAUACGGAAGUCAGCCAGCCGUAGGAAGUCAGACUGGUAUCGGUGCUGGACAGCCCAGACAACACGGUUAUGGAGUCCAACAGCCCGGAGAAGGAGGAUCGCAGUUUGGUGGAAGGCAACCAGGAACCGGCGGUACUUCAGACGGUCAAAUAGGUGCUCCAGGACGCUAUACAGCUGGAGCUGGUGUCACUCCUACUGGUGGUGCUGGUGUUGGUGCGCCAGGUGCUGUUUCUGGUGGAGCUGAUGAUACAUUCUCUCAAGCGGCGUCCACGAUUGGCAACGGCCAGGCAUCUGCCAGUGCCGAGGGCAAAAAGAAUGGAGGCACGGCUAAGACCCAAGUGUCCGGCACAUACAGUACGGGUGGUUCUUUCAGCGCCAGUGCAAUGACUUCCGAUGCAGAUCGGGCUGCCAGCGCCCAGGUUACUGGCAAUGCUGAUGGCGCUAUGAGCCAGUCCCAGGGCUCCGGAGGACCGGCACAGUCCCAGGCUCAAGUGCAGGUAAACAACAAGGAUGGAGGCACCAAGGCUUCAUCACAGAGUGGAGGUCUGAUUCACCAGAGCCAGAGUGAGGUGCAGGCCAACGAUAAGGGUGGCUUGGCCGAUGCCCAGUCCAGUGGACCCGGUCAGACAUCUUCCCAAGCUCAAAUCGGCUUCCGUCCUGGUCAGGAUACCAGCUCAGCAGCGGCACCAGGCGGCGGUACGGCUUCGGCGCAAUCGGGCAGCCAUUCUGGUCAAAGCCAGUCCCAGAUCCAAGGAACGUCCAGCUUUGGUGUAUCAUAUCAUGGCGCUGCACAGUCCGCGUCAGGAACUAAGGAGCAGGUGGACACCUAUCGGGAGCAGAAUAGAGAGCUCUUCAAUACCAUCAGCCAGUUUGGCAAUAGUGGCAAUGCUGUUACGGAUCGUGCUGAUGCCGUCUAUAGUGGCCCAGCACUCACGUCUGAAUCCGAUUCAAUACCCGAGCUGCAGCUGAAGUCUACAAAGACGAGCAAAGAGGAGCCCGAGAAGGUCGAUAAAAAGCCAGAUCAGUCGGAGCCAGUCCAAUACGACGAUGAGGAAGAGGAUGAAUACGACGAGGAUGAGUACUACAACGAGAAGCCUGUCAAACUAGAGGAGGGUCCAAAGGCACCCAGCAAGAUUAGUGCUGCGGAGUCCACACCUCAUCCACAGACCUAUACCCAGUCGUCUCCCACGCAGAAGCAGCAGGCCGUAGUGGCCCCAUUGCCAGCGGAAAAGUAUCAGCUGGUGCAGAAACAGAAUGGUCUCGUCAAUAGCUACACGGAAUCAACCACCGAGUCCGUGCCCAGUGGGUUCCGCGGCACGGUGAACGUUCAAAAGAAGUUCCACACCAAGUCGCUCGAGCUGCACAAUACCGAGAAGAAGCUCGAGAUCAGUGCCGACACUGACUCCGAUGCCUCGAGUGCACCCACUCCUGGCAGCAAAGCGCCUCGCGCCCCAGACAGCUAUGUAACAGUCACCAAGUCGGUGACUGGCAGCAUGGACAAUAGCAAGAACCCACCGCAGGAUAACAAGAACUUCCAGUCCACGUACUACACCAAGUCCUCGACCUGCGGAUACUUCACCUUCUCAUGUAACAUUGUCUACGGUGCGAAUGGACGCAGCAAGAUCUGUCGCCCAAAGGCCCCAGCCAACGGCAAGUGCUAAGGGAGAAGGAGAGAGCCAAUAACCCCACCCACCCAACAAUAUAGUAGAUCAGUUCCCAAGGGGCUCAAUUGUAUAACAUUGUAUAACUGGCACCAAAAAACACCCACAUAUUUGUAUUUUUAUGCAGCAAGUUCAUAAGCAUUUAAGUGUUUUUUGCAAGUAAUUUUAGCAUCUUACUGCCAUUUCUUAAAUAUUUCAUAGGCUCUGCAAUUGUAAUUAAUAUUUAAUAAAAGUCAU